AGGGUCACAAAGACGGGAAGCCCAGCCUCAGCUUGUUGGAGCUGAAGAUGGAUCUGCUGUUGUCGCAGUUCGAGGAGGGCACCAACGUCAGCUGACGUCAAUGCACGAGCGCCUGAUCUUGCUCGCCUCACAGCAACCUGGGAGCCCCCGGCCGAAUGUGCGAAGGAGAGUGAGCCAGGCAUGCGGCGGAAGUCCCAGAUCACGAUGAACUCGGGCAAUUCUACUCAAGUUAUCGAGAAGGUGGGAACCCUGCGGAAGAUGGAGUCCCAGUUGUUGCGGGAGCUGGGAGGCAGCUUCUCGAAAGACCUGGCACAAUUCAGCAGCUCGGGGCCGACAGAGAAGAGAAAGCGCUCCUCCGUAGCCAGCUUGGUGUCCGUGGACGAGUCCAACGCGACAGAGAGCCAAGCAACCAGCCACAUCACCGCAGCGACCAGGGUGCUGGGGUUGGAAAGCCCUCGCAUGAGGGCCACAGCGUCCAGGAUGGGGGCCAUGAACCGCGAGACCCAGACCCACAUUUUGCACGAGCACUCCCUGACUGACCUUGAGAUGCCCGAGACCGGCUUCGGCUUCCACGUGCUGCUGCGGCGCAGCCGGCUCAUGUGUUUUGCUGUGGCCCUCCCAUGGCUGGGCCAUGUGGCGGCUUGCAUUGCCUGGCCGGCCAUGGGGCAGCACCUGCCCAUGUCCAGCUUCAACUUUAUAUCGGCGAAUCUGUAUGCAGUGCUUGCAAUCACUUGCGGCCUGAUGCUGUCGCGAGCUUUGCACUCCUGCGACAUGGUUCUGGCCAUUCAGCGGCUACACAUGUUCGUGGCUGACUUUGAGGUGAAGUGGCAGGGAGUGAGCGGUCAGGAGUGGCGGAAGUACGCUUUGGCCUGGCUCUUCGUUGUGGGCUUCGAAGCCGGCAGCAGGGCCAUGCAGCUGAAUCUGGAAGACGCCGACGGCCAGGCCUGGGUGUACACGACCCACGCGGUGUCCUUGUUGAGCUUUGCGAUCUCCAGCGCGGUGCUGUUGCUGGUGGCCUAUGUCCAAUCGCAUCUUCUACUGGGCCUGGACAAGAGCCUAGACUGCUGGUGCUUCCAGAUUGUGAACUCUCCGGACUUUGCCCUGGGCGUUCAGAACUGGAAUGCCAUGCAGGCGCUCCUGAAGUGCGUGAGCCGCGAGCUGGAGGGCAGCUUCCUGGCUCUGCAGUCGCUGGCCUGCCUGGGCUUCAUCUUCUUCAUCGGCUGCAGCAUCACCUUGACCUUCGGCACCGACUUUCAGGUGCUUCCCGUGUGCAUCGAGCUGCUCCACGCUAUGCCGCUGCCCGUCCUGUAUUUGCUCAGCAUCCGAGUCUGCGCGCACGGCGCCUCGCUCACGGAGAAAUCACGCUCAAUCCCGGCCUUCGUCAACCAAAUCCCGACCAGGAACUGCAUCAACCAAGAGAGAUCCUACUUGGUGAGGUUCAUCCUGGACAGCUCUGCGGGCUUCUCGGUGCGGGAUGUGAAGUUGACCCAGGAGCUCUUUAUGAAACAGGUGGGUCUCCUGGCGGCUCUCGUCUCAGGUAUCGUGGGUGUCUUGUCCAGGGUCUAUGUGUAGAUCUUGAGGGCGCAUAAGCACAGGGCCAUCCAACAAAAAGUGCCUCUGCGCCUCUUUCUUCUUUCUGCAGCGCCAAAUUCUUGUGGCCGUUGGGUGGCCCUGCAAUAGAUUAGAUUUAGGGAGUCGGGCGGGCAGGGAGCACUGCUCCCCCGUCACUGUUCGGCUGACAGGUUGGCCUCGCCCGAGCGGAUGUUUAUGUAAUUCAGAGAAUUCCUAUUUUUGUGGCUGACGGAGACCCGGUGCCACCACUGCAUGCAUUGCCAGAAUUCUGGCCAGUAGGUCUGCUGAAGCAGAGCCUUUCCACUGAUUUGGAGGCCCAA